GUACGGCAAUAAGUUGCAUGAUAUUCACCGAAAACUGGAGUCCAGCUAUACUGAAACGAUCAACAGCCUCAACGAGACCGAAGUCGCUGAUGCGGAUUUCGAGUUCCAGGAGAACGACGACGCAUUUAUGAGCGGCAACUUUAUCGGCGGAGGCGGUGCUGGCACGGAUGAACUCGGCGAUGACUUUUUUGGGUUCCGUGAAUUGGGGAUUGAUCGCGAGCUUGGUCUGGGUUCCUUGACAAUCCCAUCUCGGAUCUGGUACGGUAAUCCCAAGGAUGCCCCGAACAGACCUGGUUCUGGUGGGUCUGGCUUAAUAAAGGCCAAGGAUCCUGCCAAAGCAGAGCUGCCUUAUCUGCCACCCCCGCCAUUCGCGCCGUUGACAGACCCGACAGCAUCCAUUGGACUAUUGCACUCAUUCUUCCAGAAGCGAAUGGAAGAUUUAGGAUCACUCAUGGAGGACGAGUUUAUGCCUGUUUCGAGGAGAGUGGCUAUGAGACCCAAGGUUCCACCGACUGGCAAGAUUGUAAGCUCGAUGAAGAAGCGAGCAAGCAAGCCAGGCGAGCUGAGUGCAUUGGCGGAGGCAAAAAAGCGAAAGCGGAAAAAGGAAAAGGACGCACAGGAGGCUGAGCGUGCGGAGCGGAAGAAGCAGAAGCAGGACGCAAAGGAUAAGAAGUUAUUGGAGAAGCUGGAGAAAAAGAAGAUGAAGGAGGAGUCCAAGAUCAAAGAAAAGCUGGCCAAACCCACGAAGAAGAACAAGAAGGCAACAUCAGAAGGACCAGCCGAUGGAGACGAAGACGACAGCGAUGUGGAGCCAAAGUCUGCCCCAAGCGAAACCCCAGAUCCAAUGCCGCCGCCAGCUACGAUCCCUCUGUCUAAAACUGCCAGCGGAUCAUCGCCCAACAUCGCUCUUCCUCCGGCGACCCCCAAGAAGCCAAAGAAGCCCAAAGCGACAUCUAAGGGUGUAGGGGUACCUGUACCAUCCGCAGGAACGCCUGGCAUGUUUGUCCCUCCUCCGAACUCAAUCUUGAGUUCGCUCGAUGUGACGGACACGGACGACAUGGAGGAGGAAGUCAUGGAAAGCGGUGGCGGAAACACGGUUCGAAUGUUGCCUCCUAAGGCUGUGCCGUCUCAAUCCAAGUCCGGGCAUGACGAUGCUCCAAAAUCUGGUACUGCGGGCAAGACACUGCCAGGUAACUAUUCCUCCAGUUCCUCAUCCUUAAAGUCAGGAGUCGCUGGUAAGACAUUGCCACUGUCAGUGGCAUCUGUUUCGAAAUCCAAAUCCAAAUCCAGCAAGGAGGGUAAAGAGAAGGACAAAGAUAAGGAUAAGGAGGACAAGAAGGAGAAGGUAAAGGACAAGGAGAGGGAAAAGGACAAGGAACGAAAUAAAGACAAGGACAAGUCUGAUAGAGACAGUCUUUAUGAACGCGAAAAAGACAAGGAUCGGGACUCGAGCAGCAAGAGUAGCAGUGGCCAUAAGGAAUCAAAGUCCAAGGCCAGCAAAGACAAAGACAAGAGCAGCAAAGACAGAGACAAGAGCAACAAGGACAAGGACCGUGUCGAUCGUGAUCGUGAUAGCAGCGAUAAGGAAAAGGACAGAGACCGCGAUCGUGAUGACCGGGACCGCAGCGAUCGCAGUGAUCGAGAUCGAGAUCGUGAACGAGACCGAGACAGGGAGCGAGACCGGGACCGUGACAGGGGCGAUCGUGACCGUGAGCGCGAAAAGAGCAGUAGCAGUGGUAUCGGUAGCAGCAGUGGACGAGACCGGGACCGGGACCGAGACAGAGAUCGCGAGCGAGACCGCAGCGAUCGUAGUGACAGGGAUAAGGACCGGGAUCGAGAUCGAGAUAGAGACCGUGACCGCGAUAGGGACCGUGGUGACCGAGACCGGGAUCGUGAUCGCGACUCGUACAGGGAAAGGGAUCGAGACCGCGACCGCGAUCGUGAACGAGACAGGGACCGUGAUCGUGACAGAGAUCGCAGCGACCGAGACCGGGAUAGGGAUCGAGAUCGCGGAGAACGGGACCGCGACCGUAGUGACCGCGAUCGAGACCGUGAGCGCGACCGAGAUCGAGACCGCGACCGCGACCGUGAACGCGACAGGGACCGUGAUCGCGGGGAUCGCGAUGGCAGUGGCGCCUCUGGAUCGCUAUCGAAUAAUGGCAGUAGUGGCAAUCUUGGGAGCGGUGGCACUGGGCACCACAAGAAUGGCAGCAGCGGCAGCAGCAAGGACCGUGAAAAGUUUUCAUCGUCAUCAUCCAGCUCCAAGGACAAGACCGGCGGCAGUGACUCGAUUCUUGGAUCAGGCAGCUUAGCGUCUAUGCCACAGAUUCCAACGACGCCAAAGAAGAAGAAGAGAACUGGUGCGAUGGAAGUCUCGCCGACACGUUCACCAACAAAGAAAAAGAAGACGAGCUUAGCUGUUCCCGCGCCGCCUUCGUUCACGGACGAUUGAGGGUGAGGAAAAAGAAAGAAAGAAAGCGAAGCGCCUCGCCUGUAUAUCAAACAAGGAGCACAUUUAGAGCUGGCUGGAUGUUCUCCAGAAAGCAUUGCAAA